CCGGAAGUUUGUAGAAGUUGUAGAAGCUAGAUGAAGCCAGGGGGAGAAAACCCUUCAGACCUGUCGGCUAUAGUCUACAUACAGACUAUAGAAUAGUCAAAUAAAGUCUAUGAAAUCUAUCUGAAGCUGUAACAACGUGUUUCACCAUGAAAGGAACCGCUAAAAGCAAGGUGGUGACAUCAGGGAGGCUGACAGGAGGAGGAGUCAAAGGGCAGCUGACCAGGAGACGACUGACUCCAAACCAAGGACCAGCAGCCCGCCCUGAGCCAGCCUACUCUCUGUACUCCACAGACUCUGAAGACCAGGUCACUACUCUCCAUCAGGGUCUGGACCGCUGUGCUGCCUUGCUCAGCGGCAUCCUUCAGGCUGAGAAGGCAGAAGCCAUGCCAGGCCCUCCCAGAGCAUUGAAGGGUGGAGCAGCUAAAUCAAGACCAUCUACCUCACUGGGGAAGAAGACCACCAAGAACACAGAGACAGGCCUGAAGAGUCGUCAGUCAGUCCAGCGUGGACCAGGACCGGGCAGUACAACUUCAAGAGCAACCCAUCAGUCUACUGUUCCAGCUGCACGCUCACAAGUUCAGCUCCGUCCACCUCAGAUACAACCUCCGACUCUGCUGCAGGAUCACCUUCAUCCUCCACCCAGUCAAACACUGCAGCACCUCCCCCUCACCAACCCUCCACCCCAGCCCCAGACCUCCAUCCCUCCACCCCAGCCCCAGACCUCCAUCCCUCCAACCCAGACCUCCAUCCCUCCACCCCAGACCUCCUUCCCUCCACCCCAGCCCCAGACCUCCAUCCCUCCACCCCAGACCUUCUUCCCUCCACCCCAACCCCAGAACUCCAUCCCUUCACCCCAGACCUCACUCCCUCCACCCAUGCCACAGACACCUAUCCCUCCACCCCAGCCCCAGACCUCCAUCUCUCCACCACAGACCUCCAUCUCUCCACCCCUGCCCCCAACAUCCAUCCCUCCACCCCUGCCACAGACCUCCAUCCCUCCACCCCAGACCUCCAUCCCUCCACCCCAGACCUCCGCCCCUCCACAUCAGACAUCCAUCCCUCCACAUCAGACCUCCAUCCCUCCACCCGAGACCUCAUUCCCUCCACAUCAGACCUCCAUCCCUCCACCCCAGCUGCCUCUCCCUCAGACCGACUGUCAGGCAGAAUGUGACAGAGAAGAGGAGGAGUUUGUUCCUGUGAGAGACAUCACUACUAGAAGCACUGCCACAGACGCACACACAGCUGUCAGACACUCACACAUACACACCUGUACGACGAAGAUGUCAAACAUGCAGCUGGAGCCUGGACAGCUUGAUAAAGUCCCUCAGGACACACACAGCGGAGAGGACAGCAGCGCAGAGACGGGAGUGAAAAUGAGGACGGUUCAGCAUCUGCUGGGAGAACUCAAGGCUCUGAUCGCUGGACAAGGUAACCUGUCUGGGUCUAAUCGGAAUGCAAAUCAGGCAUUUUUUAAGCCUCACUGUAUACGCAGUGUAGCAGAGAGGCUGCUCAGUCACCUGGAGCAGGCCGUGUCUUCACCACUGAUGGAUGUCGGUAGGUCAAACCUCCAGACUGAACCAGACCUGUCAUCACUACACAGCCAGAACACUCAGCUCCGCAGGCGUGUGAGGCUCCUUAACCAGCAGCUGAAGGAGAGGGAGAAAGCAGAGCGGCAGCAGAACAUGGAGCCUCUCUGUAACUCAGAAGUGUUUACUCUGCAGGAGGAGCUCACCACCGCUCAGACGCGACUGCAGGAGCUCCAGGAUGACCUCACAGGACUACGGGAAGCCCUUCAGUACACACAGGGCCAGCUGGCGGACAGAGAGGCAGAGAAUACACUCAUCAAAACAGACUUGGAGGCCACUAGAAGCAGGUUGCUGGACAGCGAGCGAGAGAAGACUGAGUUGGCUUCACUCGCCCAACAAAGACUGGAAGAGAUAGGAAACCUUAACAGGAUUCUUCGGAGUCACGAUUUAUCAAAUUGUCCGACAGUUGUUGACGCUCUGCCAGCAAAACAACAUUUUAACCAACAGCAGCACAGACUGGAUCCAGCAGAGUCCCCCACGGACCGCAUCACCCAGUUCCUGAUGUCUCUGGGUCAGCUGGAUCCAACACACGCUGAGCAUGUGGCUGCAGAGAGAGACGGAGACACACUAGAGCAGAAGAAACUGACCUCAGUCCAGCUCAGAGACACUUUAUCACGUCCUGAUGUCAGAUGUCAGCGAGGUGACAAACCUGCAGAAUCAGCCCGUCACCGUUCAGAUGAAGUCCAGUCAUGUGGGUGGCCCCUGGAGAAGGAGCGUAGGCAUCUGUCCCAGUGUGACGUGGAAUCCGUGUGGUCUGAUUGGAGCAUGAGGUCAGGGUCGACCUUUGACACCAGAGACGAGGCGGCGUUCAGAGACGGCCUGGCAGCUCUGGACGCCAGCAUAGCCAGUCUGCAGAAGACUAUUCAGCUGGAUCUGGGGAGGUGAUGCACACUCAGCUUUACUCCCCAGGUUUUAUAUUUGUAUGAAACAUGUUGUAAUGCAUAAACUCUAUUGUAUUCUGCAUUUUUGAUGAUUUUAAUAUUUAAAAUAAAGCUUGUUUUAAAUUACAGA